ACGACUCGAAUCUCCGAUCACAGCCCGCCUUUGAUUAAAACAAUCAUGUUUGGAGUUUAAAUGAACAGAUAAUCUUCCGAUUUUUACCUUUCACGCUAUGACUGGUACGUAACACUUAGCCCGAUCGAAGCACACUACCACCGCCCCAGAACAGCCAGCGAAACAGCAGGAAAUGGCUGCCUUGGACGUGGACAGCAGUCAGAGCGACUUUCUGCAGCCCGCCAGCGGCGCCUCGGACCAGACAACUGACCUCACGUCCAUCCAAUUAACGGGCUCGUCUGACCGGUGGGAGGUACUGACACCGGUCACGACUGUGAAGGAGGAGCCAGGAGUGGUUCACAUCCCCAGUGGUGGCAUCGUGGGUGCCAAUGGGCAGUAUGUGGUACCUUUACAGACUGUGCCAGGGCAGACCCAGCCUGUAUUUGUCACAGCGGGCACCGAUGGUGCCAGUGCCAAUGGGGUGCAGUACCAGGUCAUCCCGCAGCUACAGGGCACCGACGGUACAUCGCUAAGCUACUCCACGACCACCAGCGACGGCGCCACGCUUGGGACUGACAUCAUCCUCCCCGACGGCACUCAGAGCAUCGCCGCGGCAACCAAUGCCGGGGACCUCCAGGGCCUCCUGGCCCAGACCGGGCACGUCCAGCAGAUCCCCGGCGUCUCGUUGGCCGGGUCGGGUUUUGGGGGUCAAGGUCAAGUUCUGGCCAACGUGCCAGUGGGCUUACCCGGCAACAUCACGUUCGUGCCCAUAAACAGCUUGAGCAGCGUAGACCUGGAGUCUCUGGGCCUGGCAGGGGCGCAGACUAUAGCGACUGGCGUUACGGCCGACGGUCAGCUCAUCAUGACUGGCUCCGCUGUCUCCGCGACGGGAGAGACCACGGGUGAAAACGUCGGAGGGGACAAAUCUUCCGAGCCGAUGGCCGCCAACGACGCUAACGCUAACUCCUUUGUGCCAACAACCACCGCCACCUCCGUAGCAUCCUCGCUUCCCGAGACGAUAGACGGCACAGGGGUUCUGACCCAAGCUACAGCCGUCUCCGCGGGCCAUCAGGACCCGUCCUACGUGCAUCAGAACCACGCUCCCGCCGGGGAGCCCGUGGUCCAGCUCAUGCCCGCGCAGCCCGCGGACGGUCAGACGCAGACGCUGCAGAGCGUGCAGCUGCUUAACGCCGGAACCUUCCUGAUCCAAGCACAGACCGUCUCGCCCACGGGACAGAUCCAGUGGCAGACCUUCCAGGUCCAGGGGGUUCAGAACCUUCAGAACCUACAGUUGCCGGCAGUGACGGGCUCGAUGGCGUCGCCCCAGAUCACGCUGGCGCCGGUUCAGACCCUCUCGUUGGGGCAGGCAGGCGCCGGAGGGGCAGCGGGUCAAAUCCCCAAUCUGCAGACGGUUACGGUCAAUUCUGUGGCUCAGUUCCAACAUGAGGAGAACACGGAGAGUCCCACAGAUAUUCAGAUUAAGGAGGAGCCAGACUCAGAUGAUUGGCAGUUGAGCGGCGACUCGACCCUAAAUCCCAAUGACUUGUCCCACCUGCGCGUGCGAUUGGUGGAAGAAGACAUGGAGGGAACAGGGCAGGAGGGAAAGAGGCUCCGAAGAGUGGCCUGCACCUGUCCCAACUGCAAAGAGGCUGGAGGAAGGGGCUCGAGCAUGGGGAAGAAGAAGCAGCACAUCUGUCACAUCCCCGGCUGCGGAAAGGUGUACGGGAAGACGUCUCACCUGCGCGCCCACCUGCGCUGGCACUCUGGAGAGAGACCCUUCAUCUGCUCCUGGAGCUACUGCGGCAAGAGGUUCACCCGCAGUGACGAGUUACAGCGUCACCGCAGGACACACACGGGAGAGAAGAAGUUUGUGUGUCCGGAAUGUUCUAAGCGUUUCAUGCGCAGUGACCAUUUGGCCAAACACAUUAAAACUCACCAGAACAAAAAAGGGCUAAACUCCGCCUCUGGGACGACAGAAACCGCUGCCCCUGCGGAUAGCAUCAUCACCGGAGGCGGGACCACACUCAUCCUGACCAAUCUGCAACAGGCUGGUACCCAGGACCUCCACACAAACUCCGACCUCCCCCUCCAACUGGUUACCGUGUCUGCCAGUGAGGUCAUGGAGUGACCAAAAGACCCACACCCACUUUCACCGCUCGCUGGCUUUUCACUAUCAAUUUU